GACUGAAUGAUUGAAAUGUUUAGGUUGUGAGAACCGAACAAUCUGUCAACCAAAAAGUAGAUAGUAUACGGGAAAAUGGGCUGGAUAUAUCCAAAUAUACUCUUCGGUACGGUUGUUCUAUUAGGUUUGCUAAAUUGCUGCAACGCUCUUUAUUUCCAUAUAGGCGAAACGGAACGAAAAUGUUUUAUCGAAGAUAUACCAGAUGAAACCAACGUAAUAGUUAACUAUAAAGUGGAACUUUAUGACCCUAGAAGCGGAGGAUAUAUGCCCUCUUCCCCAGGAAUUGGUAUGCAUGUAGAAGUAAGAGAUGCUGACGAUAAGAUCCUUUUAUCUAGGGUGUACAGUUCGGAGGGUAAGAUCUCCUUCACGUCCCAUUCUCAUGGUGAACACGUCAUCUGUAUGUACUCCAACAGCACAGCCUGGUUCAGUGGCUCCCAGUUAAGAGUACAUCUCGAUAUCCAAGUUGGUGAACAUGCUGUUAACUAUGGUGAAGUUGUACAAAAAGAAAAACUAUCUGAGCUACAGUUAAGGAUCAGACAGCUCCUAGAUCAGAUUGAACAAAUCACAAAAGAACAGAACUAUCAGAGAUAUCGUGAAGAACGAUUCAGACAAACUAGUGAAAGUACAAACUCUCGUGUAUUAUGGUGGUCUCUUAUCCAAACUGCUGUCUUAUUAGUGAUGGGUGCCUGGCAAAUGAGACAUCUCAAGAGUUUCUUCGAAGCCAAGAAAUUAGUUUGAUUUGUUAUUUAUGAUUAUUUUUUUAUUAGAUCUUUACAAUUUUAA